UUUUAAGCAGGAUUGAGAUAUCAGAUUCAAGUCUCAGAAGAUCACUCACUGCAGUGUGUACAAUGCAUUGGAUGAAAUUCCUCAUCGGAAACUUACGGGUGGAGAUACGUGCCCUGUGGAUUGGACAGUUCAUUAUGAUAAGCAAAUUGCAUGUGGUAUAGAUGUGUUUUAUAAGAUACCAGCGAUACAGACAGCUACACGGGGAUAGUCUGCAAGAAGCAGCACAGGCAGAAGGUCCUACACAUAGCUUUGAAUUUUCUGUAUGAACAGUGGCAGUCUGAACUCAGGAAGGAGAUCGUUUUGUUUAUGUGAACAGACUGCCUUCACCAGGGUAACUAAUCCUUAGGGUGCUCAUGAAAGAAGAGGAACUUCUCUCACUCUCUCACUCUGCCUCUCUGCUCUUUCUUCUCCCAAGCACAUCUGGGUGCUUCCUGGAGCCCAGGUCUGGCUCCACACCCAUGAAAAUUUGCCAAGUAUAAAAGCUUCUCAAGAAUGAGAUGGAUCCCGGGGCAUCAAGAGUAAGGGGCUUGGUGUAUGUGGCUGGAUCCUGCUUUUCCUUUCUUUCCUGCUGAUGGUCAUUACCUUCCCGAUCUCCAUAUGGAUGUGCUUGAAGAUCAUUAAGGAGUAUGAACGUGCUGUUGUAUUCCGACUGGGACGCAUCCAAGCUGACAAAGCCAAGGGGCCAGGUCUGAUUCUGAUCUUGCCCUGCAUAGAUAUAUUUGUCAAAGUGGAUCUCCGGACUGUUACUUGCAACAUUCCUCCCCAGGAGAUCCUCACCAGAGACUCUGUGACCACUCAGGUGGAUGGAGUGGUCUAUUACAGGAUCUAUAGCGCCGUCUCAGCGGUGGCUAAUGUCAACGAUGUCCAUCAAGCCACGUUUCUGCUGGCUCAGACCACUCUGAGAAAUGUCUUAGGGACACGGACCUUGUCCCAGAUCCUAGCUGGCCGAGAAGAGAUCGCCCACAGCAUCCAGACCUUACUUGAUGAUGCCACUGAGCUGUGGGGGAUCCGGGUGGCCCGGGUGGAAAUCAAAGACGUCCGGAUUCCCGUGCAGUUGCAGAGGUCCAUGGCCGCUGAGGCCGAGGCCACCCGGGAAGCCAGGGCCAAGGUCCUUGCAGCAGAAGGAGAAAUGAAUGCUUCUAAAGCUCUGAAGUCCGCCUCCAUGGUGCUGGCUGAGUCCCCGGCAGCCCUCCAGCUGCGUUACCUGCAGACCUUGGCCACCGUGGCCACAGAGAAGAAUUCCACCAUUGUGUUUCCUCUGCCCAUAAAUAUGCUGGAGGGCAUUGGUGGCAUCACCUACGACAACCACCAGAAGGUCCCCAACAGAGCUUGAGGUCCUCCUGCUGCCUCCGGCCAUCACUUAGGCAUAUCUGUUCCUAUGGCAACCCCAGCAGUUAGAAGUGUUGAGAAUGUCAACACUAUUCAAGCAGAGUAACUUUACAGCUGGAUCAGCAUUAGCAGGAAAAGGCAUAGAGGCUAC